AUGCCGGGUGAGAUAUUCGUUCUCCGCAAUGCGGGCAACACUUGCACUCACGCCGAAGGUUCCAUGGUUGGCAGCUUGGAGUUCUGCACCGGCAAGCUGGGCUCGCGACUGGUCAUGGUGCUCGGCCACACGAAGUGCGGCGCCAUCGUGGGUGCCACGCAGACCUACCUUGCCAUGAAGGACAAGGCUGAGAAGGGAUCUCCAGGAAGCGCCCUGGAAGGGCUCUUGACCGACCUCGCCGGCGUGGCGGAAAAGGCGGCAACAAAGCUGGGGAAGGAUGCCACCGUGGAGCAGAUCGCGGCGUACGCCGUGAAGGUGAAUGUCUUCCAGACCAUGGAUUUCCUUCUGAAGUUCAGUCAGCCGCUUCGCGAUGCCGUGAGCAGCGGCAAAGUUGAUCUGCAAGGCGGCAUCUACGACCUUGAGACGGGCAAGGUGGAGUUCCUGGGCCGAUCCCCGCAACACGGAGCUCUCCUUGCCAGCUCCAAGUCCUCGCUGCCUCCCUCCAUGGACUUGGCUUUGGGCAGUGCAUUCGUGCGGACACCGCAGGACCCGCCGAUGGCCCCGGAGGCAGCGCUCAAGCUCAUGAAGGAGGGCAACGAGCGCUUCGCCCACGGCAACACCUUGGCCGGCAAGUUUGACGGGCAGAUGAGAAAGGCACUGGCGACCAUUGGCCAAGCCCCGCACACGGCCAUCGUGGGCUGCGCGGACUCGCGCGUCCCCCUGGAGCUGGUUUUCGAUGUGCUGCCGGGCGAUGUCUUCGUGAUGCGAAAUGCAGGAAACACGGUGACCCAAGCGAGGGGAAGCGUCGUGGGUAGCCUGGAGUUCUGCACCGCCGCGCUGAAGACGCGACUCGUGCUCGUGCUGGGGCACAGCGCCUGCGGUGCCAUCAAAGGUGCCACGGCCACUUACCUGAAAGGAGGAGCCGGAGGGGGGCCCUUUAAAGGAGCCCUGGAAGGUCUCCUGGCAGGUCUCUCCGCCGUGGCAGAGACGGCACACAAGGAGCUGGGGAGCAAGGCCUCGGAGAAGGAGAUCGCAGAUCAUGCGGUGAAGGUGAAUGUCUUCAACACCAUCAACAACCUCAUCAAGGGAAGCACCGACAUCCGCGACAAAGUGAAGUCCGGGCAAGUGGAGAUCCAAGGAGGCAUCUACGACCUCGACUCCGGUCGCGUCCAGUGGCUCGGGCGAAGCCCCGAGCAGGGCAAGCUCCUCUCCAGCUGA